GACAUACCCUGGAAAUUAAAUAUAUCAUAAAAAACGCACAAAUCUUCGAGACAACGAUCUCUAAUCAGAUAUGUACGUCGCUAUCAAUAGAAAAUAAAUUAACAAUUACACACUAUCAUCAUUAACUCCGCGGGUUUUGUAAACUCGUAUUAUGUUCAUUUACAACUAAUUUACUACAAGAUGUGUUCGUUGUUUGCAUGCGGCGUCACCAGCGCCGUGUUAGGCGCUGCAUUAGUUGUUGUGAGUUGCGUAGUUAGUUUCGUAGUUGUUCCCGAUAUUGUGGACAGGAUGAUUAUUGACGAGGUUGCUUUAGUUAAUAACACCGAAGCGUUGGAAAGGUUUGAGGAAAUACCAUUCCCACUGUCAUUCAAAAUAAGGAUUUUCAAUAUCACCAAUCCAGACGCUGUUCUCGCCGGCGGAGUACCCGCACUCAACGAAAUGGGCCCUUAUGUUUAUAAGUUAUAUAAUCGGAGAGAAGUUGAAGAAAUGGAUGGGGAUAUAAUUAAAUACCGUAUAAGGGAUAUGUUCGAGUUUGAUGCGGAAGCUUCUUAUCCUCACACUGAAGACGACAUAGUAACUGUAGUCAAUAUUCCAUACCAUGGUAUUCUCCAAAUGGCUGAGAAAUUAUUCCCAUAUCUGAUGAUUGCGUUGAGCUUAGCUCUUAACAGUGUAUUUGGAGAUCACAACGGUCCAAUUAUGACGACACGUGUGGGAGACUUUUUGUUCGACGGCAUUCCGAUAUGCAAGAACCCGGGCAUUAUAGGCGGUGUAGCUUGCGACCAAAUUCGCCAAAUUGGUGCUGAUGUGAAGAAUUUAGUGGAACAGGAAGAUGGCUCUCUAAUAUUUACCGUUGUUGAUUAUAAACAAGACAAUCCCAGCGAAAUAUACGAAGUAUUCAGAGGUAUCGAGGACCGCAGUAAGCUCGGUAUUAUCAAAUCGUACAAUGGAUCAUCAUACGUCGACUACUGGGUCCCCCAACGAAAUGAAGCAGGCGAUACAUACCCUGGCAUAUGUAACAUGAUUAAUGGCACAGAUUCUGCCAUAUUCCCACCGUUCGUUGAUAGAGACGAAUCUAAAUACGCCCUCAAUCUGGACAUUUGUAGAUCGGUAGAAUUAAGGUAUCAAUACGACACUGAGUAUAACGGGAUACCAGUCGCGAGGUUUGCCGCUCACGAAUGGUUUUUAGACAAUGACGAGGGUUGCUUCUGUCUAAAUGUGACUGGAGGUAUCACAAGGGAGAACGGGUGUCUCCUGAAAGGCGCCAUGGAGCUGUACAGUUGUGUUGGUGCUCUGUUGGUCCUGUCAUAUCCGCAUUUCCUGUUUGCAGACUUCGCAUAUAGAAACGGCGUUUUAGGAAUGCAUCCGAAUUUAGAAGAACACAGAAUAUAUGCUGAUUUGGACCCCUACACAGGAACAGUCGUCAGGGGAUACAAAAGGGCACAGUUUAACAUAUUUAUACGACCGGUAACAUCAAUUAGUGCAACGAACAAUCUACGCCUUACGCUCACUCCUGCGUUUUGGGUGGAAGAGGGUAUGUCAUUGCCAGACGAGUAUGCGGAUAUAAUAAAAAACAGAUUGCUCAGAUCCUUAAACCUACUUAGUAUAUUUAUACCUCUCAUUAUAUCUCUAUGCGCUAUCCUCACUGUGGUCGGCUUGGUUGUUAUUGUAUGGUCGAAAAGACGGGAGAGAACCGACGUUGUAGCAACAUCAUCAUGAGAAGUUGUAAAUAGUGUAAUUUAAUUACGGAAUAAACGGGG